AUGGCAACAUAAUCAAGGAAAGCUGCAGCUAAGAACUUUCCAGUGGAUGAAGGACUUCUGGUAGUGGAAGAGGAGUUAAUCUGGAAUCCAGACAGCUGCUUACAGAGAAAUGAUCCCUUCAAGCAGGAGCUCAGUCGACAACUUUUUAGAAAGUUUUGCUACCAGGAUUCCCCUGAACCACGAGAGGCCCUGAGGUGGCUCCAUGAGCUCUGCCAUCAGUGGCUUCAGCCAGAGACCCACAGCAAGGAGCAGAUCCUGGAGCUGCUGGAGCUGGAGCAGUUCCUAGCCAUCCUGCCUGAGGAGCUGCAGGCCCAGGUUCCAUCCCAAGGACAAGGAUUUGGACAUGGACACAAAAUAUUCAGGAAAAGACUAUUGCCUCCUGUACCAGCACUUAAUGUCCAGCCCCAGCUAGAAGAGAUCAAGGUCCAUUAUGGUUCUUCAGAACCCCAGCUCCUCCUGGACUGUGUAAGGGAUAGUGAGAGUGAAAAUAGUAGAUCCAUGCCUAAGAUGAACAUUUAUGAAGAAAUGGAACUGGAGAGAAUGAAAUCUGGAAGAGUCUCAGAAUAUACAUCAGAAGAAUCUGCUGAGCCUCAGGACAUGUGCAAGUCUGCAGGUCGGGUAAAAAAGCAAAAGGAAGAACCUGAUGAGUCGCCAAGAUCACCAUCUUCCCAGGAUGGAACUUUUAAUAAAAUCUUCACCCACAAAAAUACACUCACAGGUGACGUAAGACAACACAGGUGUGAGAGAAGGUUGAAUCUGAAUUCAAAUGAAUUCACAUACCAGAAACCUUGUAAAUGUUCUAUGUGCGACCAGAGUUUCAAAUGGAAUCCAGAUUUUGUUAAGCAUCAAAGAAUUUGUCCUGGAGAAAAAAUUCACCAUGAUAGAAACUCUUUUAAGAGCCCAAACCUUAUUAUACAUGCAGCAAUUCUCAAUGGAGAAAAACGUCAUCAGUGCAGUGAGUGUGGAAAAGCAUUCAGACAUAGCUCACAGCUUGUGAGGCACCAGAAUCAUACUGGAGAAAGGCCCUGUGAAUGUAAGGAAUGCAGGAAAGGUUUUGGGGGCAGCUCAGAUCUCAUUAAACAUCAGUGAACUCACACUGGGGAAAGACCUUUCGGAUGCAAAGAAUGUGGGAGAACAUUUAUCCUGAACUCACAUCUUGUCCAGCAUCAGAGAAUUCACACCAGAGAGAAACCCUAUGAAUGCAGUGAGUGUGGGAAAACCUUCCGAGUGAGUGCACACCUUAUUCAACACCUGAGAACCUACACUGGAGAGAAGCCCUAUGGACGCAGCAAGUGUGGGAGAGCCUUCAGUCAGAGCUCUCACCUGAGUCAACAUCAGAGAAUUCAUAUUCGAGAAAACCUGCUAAGGUAA